CAACGGCUUCCUGGCGGAGCAGGGCGACACCGCGGACGCCGUCCUCGCCGCCGUGCAGCAGGGCAUGUCGCAGUACAGUGCCACCGCCGUGACGCUCGUGGGCCACUCGCUCGGCGCCGCCCUGUCGCUUCUCGACUCUGUCUACCUCCCGCUGCACCUCCCCUCCGGCACGACGUUCAAGACGGUCAACUACGGUCUGCCUCGCGUUGGCAACCAGGCGUUCGCGGACUACGUCGACGCGAAUCUCAAGCUCACGCACAUCAACAACGAGGAGGACCCGAUACCAACCGUUCCUGGCAUGUUCCUCGGGUUCGUGCACCCUGCGGGCGAGGUGCACAUCCAGGACUCGGGAUCCUGGGACACUUGCCCUGGUCAGGAUAAUAACAGCACGCUGUGCAUUGUUGGCGACGUGCCCAACGUCUUCGACGGCGAUCUCGACAACCACGACGGCCCUUACAACGGCGUCACCAUGGGAUGCAAGUCCUAAAUCCGUUUUUGUUCUUGACACCGCCGCCUUCGUUUGCCGCCUGUUGGUUCGUUCUGGUGUACAUCAGGGCUCUCGCUGAUACCCUAUUUACAUAUGUUAUUAUUGUCGGUAUGGGGACGGCUCUCUCCUUUAUAGGCCGUUCUUUCUACGUGGUCAUGUAGCACUUGGGCUUUUAAUGGGGAUUCUAUCGAUACCUCGGGAUUCGAGAUACAAGGCUGAACAGCCUCUUGAGAAGUCGCUACGAUUCAACUGCGUGUG